ACGGUGACAGUAGCGCCGGUAGCGUCACGAGGGCCCCACGAUCCGUGCAGCUACAGCCACCACGGUAAACGCGCGAAAUAAACCAGCGAGGUCCAGCGAGAAACAUUCCGCGCACCAUGCGCCUCCACCACCGGGCGGUGCACCCCGAUAUUCUCUCUCCCUCUCUCUCUCUCUCUCUCUCGCGCGCGCGUCGUGUCUGCUUGUCGGCCAUGUGAUAUAAUGCAAGACUCCGCGUUUCCCCAGAGUCCCAAUCGAAACACUGCGUAACGCGUGAAACACCGCCUCACGCUCAACUCUCAUCUGGCUUCCAGAUGCUGGACAAUCAGCAAGUGGCAACGUGGCCACCGUGGUGUGCACGUUGCCACCGCAGCCGCUCCGCACAUGCGCUACGUAAUAGCAGAAUAGAAGGAAGAGGGACUGACGAUACUCAGUACACUUUAGCACAGAACCCGAAGGCGAUCGUCGAUGGCGAUGGGCCCCUGUAACGAUAGCCUCGGGCAAUAUGUUCAUUUUGCACUCGAUUUCGCCACUCGGACGACGCUAGUUUCUGGACGCGUGGUGACGGCACAGGCACGGCAUACAUAUUGUGUAAAUAGUAACUGACGUCAGAAAUUAUCGGAUCGCCUCAGGCGAUCGUUAUCGCCCAUGCGGGGCGCUCGAGAGAGCUAGUAUACAGAGAAUGUUAGAGAGUGCGCGCGCGCGCGCGCGCGAGAGAGAGAGAGAGAGAGAGAGAGAGAGAGAGAGAGAGAAACAGAAUGCGAUGGGAGUGGGAGAAACGAGAAGAAGGGAAUUAUCAAAUGCAUCAAUCGAUUCCUAAACGAAAGACUCACCGGCACCUUCACAUGGUCACCGUUUUUAAAUGAUCGAGACACCAUUUUGCAAACAUAUUUAUGUGGAUUUUUAAAGCUCCCUUUUUCAUGCGAGCCUUGUCAACCAAAAAGAAAAAACCGAAAAAAAAACAAACAAAAAAACACACACCCACACUCAGUCACAGACCACGCAAGGCAGGCAUCACACAUGGGCACACCUAACCUAGCCUGCAAUGGUACCCCGCACACUCACAUCACUCAUAUGCUUACAUGCAUGGUCUGUCGCAAAGUAAGCAGGACUUUUUUUUCCACUGAGAAGUUUCUGGUGGCACUAUCUUAAGAUGGGUAUUUUUGUUCGAAAGGUGCAUCUGUAAGGGACACUCUGUCCAAAUUUCAUGACAUUUGGUUCGCUGGAAGCAAAGUUAUGACGCAUUCGGUAUGUUUACUGGUGUUUUGGGGUCAUUAUUUAUAUUUAAAAAAAAAACAUUUUUAGGCAUUUCGUAUUCAACUCUUGAGAACAUUACACGUUUUACAUGCUAUCGAUGUAGUUUGAUACAUCUAUGGCCUCCGCGAUACGAUGAAUGGGGCAUACGCUACAGCUGUAAGAAACAACUUCGAAUCAUAUUAUUGCGAAAUCAAUUUUCUCCGAGAUUACGGCGCUUUUUUGGUUCGUUCUUGUGUGCAGAGAUCAUUUUAAUGACCUUCGCUUUUGUUUGGAGUCAUACAGUUUGGCAUUGCUUCUAUCUGUUCAUAUUAUAUUUCUCUAUUCCUUAAUGGAUCAAAAUACGAGGGUCACACAAUAAUGUAAACGAUCGGAAGGUAUCUGUAAUUUUAUCUAUCAUUUGUUUCUAGAUAUUCUAGUGAACUUAUUGACUUGACACUUUAGAACAUGGGAUACAAAUCUUCACAGAUCAUCAUGCAAUCAAAUGCACUUUGUGGUAUUUUUACUUUCGUUGGUUAUCACACGUUUGAGGCCAUACCAUCUUGAUACCAACAAUCCUUCAAAUAACCCAACUCUUUGAAAAUUAAACGUGUGUCUGCCCCUCCAAACUACUACAAAAACUCACAAAUCUCUUGCAUAUUACACCAUUAUUACGGUGAUUUAUUUAAAAGCUCAUAUUACUUUGCAACCCAAUUCGUUUGUUAGCGCUGCUAUUUUAUCGAUCAACCUGAUUUACCUGGUAUGAGCAAUUUAUGGUUAUAUUUUAAAGCCAAAGCGAUACGUAAUCGAAAGUAAAGCCAAAGCCGGCUUUUCCAGACUCCAAUACUCCUAAAAAAUGCUUUAAAGUUGGAUUAAAAACAAAUUGAAUUUUCAUUUAUGUACCGGCCACCCAAACAUACAGUCACUUUAGGCACCAUAACUUUGCUUGCAGUGAACCAAAUGUCAUGACAUUUGGACAGAGUGUCCCUCAAAGAUGCACCUUUCAAAGAAAAAUACCAACAUUAAGAUAGUGCCACCAGAAACAUUCCUAUGGAAAAAAGUCCUGUUUACUUCGCGGCACAACCAUGUAGCACCAAAACGAGAAUAGAAUUAAGCCAAGGCAAACCGGAAUGAUAUUUUUCUGCACACUUUAGUAGCGGAGCAAUCAAAACCCGGAAUGCUCCUGUACGAACUACUAGGGCAGCAGCAGGCAGCUCCUAUUGCUGCUUCUAUUACUGUUACUACUACUGCUGCUACUACUACUACUACU